UUGUACUAGAAUAGUCGCGCAUUUAGUCGUAAAAAUAGAUUAUUGCAAGUAUGGCCGUACCUUUUUGUCAAGCACUAUUUGCUGUUGCAUUUCUGGGAAUGGUAUUUGCCAAACCAUUCGAUGGGGCAGCUGACUCCAACGAUGUGGCCGGAUAUCCAGCAUCCCACGCGAAACAAUUCCUUCUCACUCUGCGUGAAGCGUGCAUGAAUAGAAGUAGAUCCGAAGAAGGUUUCCAGCAGUUCUUAACGUCACUGCCACCAGCUAUGAGAUGUUUGAAGAGUCAUAUAGAUUUGCCGCAAAUGAUGAUCGACUUGAAAACGAUGACGCAGAGUAACCGGAAGGAGGUUUUCGAAACUUAUUGUCCCAAGUUUGCGGAAUCGAAAGUAUGUUUCGAUGAUAUGAUGCAAGCAGUGGCCACUUGCUUGGCUCAAAAUACGAAAUCGUCAAGAGCAAUUCUAAAUGAAAUGGUUUCCGGAGCAGUCGAUUUAAUAUGCAAGGAUGAUGGCGAAAUAUUUUUUGAAGCUCGAAAACCGGAAUUCCGUAGCUGUAUUAAGGAUGUGCGGCAACAUAUCAAGGAAUGCAAAUCAACCAAAAUUGCAAGCACAACACUGUGGACUGAAUAUGGUCAGGAAGAAUGCUUAGAACUUGUUAAAGCCAGAGAUUGCUUGCGGGAUAAAGUUGAUGCUUGUAGUUCUUUGGCCAUAAUGGAUAUAGUUGACAUCUAUUAUAAUCCAGUUUUCAAAGCAAAUAAUUGCUUAAAGAUCCCUUCAACGGUUACUGACGAUCAAGGUGCAGUGGUUGAUUCAUGGAAUGAAGUAUAGUACUGAAUUAUGAAUUCACUUAACCGUUUAACGUCAUUGGACGUCAAACUGUUGGC